AUGGAUCCAAUCAAAUCUAUCGACUACGACGGCUUCGAGACCUUCAACACCACCCACGUCGAUCACGGAUGGAAGAAAGUCAUCUACCCUAAACGCAACCGCAAACAGAAGUCGUCCGAUCAAACGGCGGCAUCUAACAUCAAAAACGUUAAUGUAGCUAAUGGAGAUAAUAUUUUCCGUUCGCUGGAGGAGCAGGCGGAGGAUCGAAGGAAACAGAUCUUGGCGGCAAAAAUGACUGCUGUUGAUGUUGAGGUUGAACCUAAUGGUUUGAGAUCUAAUGGUUUUGAGGAUAGUGAUGAGGAGAUCGAGGUGAAGAAGGUGGAAGAGGUUAAGAAGAAGAAGACUAAGAAAGAGAAGAAACCUAAAGUGUUGUUGCCUGAAACUGCUGCGAAGAUUGCUGAUUACUUUGGGAGAGCAUUGUCUGGUGUGUCAUUAGUGCAGUUUCCAUGGGUGAAGAUGUUCAAAGAGUCCCCUUUGUCCAAACUCAUCGAUGUAAGCUUCGUUUUUUUUUGUGAGAUUGUUGGAUCAAAGUUUGGUGAAGCUAAUGUGUUUGGUCAACAUGUUCCAUUGGCUCAUAUUCCUGAGCCGGUCUACAAAACAUCAGUGGAUUGGAUUAGCAAUCUCAUAUAA